CCGGUAGCCUGUUUUGUGUUCAGAGUGUUUAAUGUUUGUUUUCAGGAUUUAAAUGCAGAUAGUCACAAUUGAAACAGGACUGAGCUCGCAGAGGGACAAAGUCCUUCUGAAACCAUGAAACUUGACUCUUUUGAAAGCCAGCUUCUAACCAACUGCACAGAUCCCAGGUCGUACACUCGGUGAAUGAUGGAUUAAGUGUUGGGAAAUGCUCAUUGAUUUUCUCCACUGUUUCAAGAGCCUGGUCUAUGCCCUGGUCAGGAAGAUAUCUCUAUUUUAUUUUAUUUUUGUUAAAGCCGUUAUUAGAUUGGCUGUCAAAAUUAUUUAAACAGUCUACCUCAGAAAUUGUUCUGAUGCUUGUUCUGGGAAAAAAAAAAAAGAAAACUGCCUUUUCAGAUCUAUCAGGAGUGAUGAUUAUGGUUCAUAGAUUAGGAGGAGAUCUUUAAGUCAGAACUCCUUUUUCCUUGGGAAUAUGUGUGUCUGUGGUCACAGGGAAAGAUGGGGUACAAAGACGAAAUGAAAGUAAGAUGAGCACGAGAGUCGAGAAAACUUGCAUUUUAAAAUCGAGGGGAUAAAGAUAUUGCCGUGACUAACCGGAUUCAGGACGGCUGUUGUGCUGGGGGGAACCCAGAAUUUAAACUUAAGGCAAAGGAAGGGAAGCUGUUUGGAACAGGCGUCGUUCCAGAGAGUUCCCAGCAUAGAACGGUGUAAAUCAGUUCAUCUCGACUCACCGGCUGUUGGGUUGUUUUGUGAAAAACAAGCGAGGCUUUGCUUACAUGCGAUUGAGCUGACUGCUGAAUAUUUUCAGCGUGUCUUCCUGGUUGAAAAGCUUCCCACCCUCUUAAGGUGUUGGCUUCACACGUGACGUGUGCCGUCAAACCAUUCAGUGUUGCCGCACCAGACAGGAGCUGCCGGAGGUCACUCCUGCUGGAAACAGUAAGUGGCACGCGGCUCGGGGGCGGUAGGGGAUGAGGCUCCCGAACCUGGAGAACAGAAUUCUGUCCUCCCCUCCCGGGUGGACGGAAGGCGUUCUGCUCCCCACGUUCACCUGAACCCGCUCUCGUCUUUGCUGAAAUAAUGAGGAGCUGAACAGAAUGUAGAUUUAUGGGACUGUCCCUACCUGAAUCACUUGCAAGGAAGUACUCCGCGAAUAGAUGCGACAACCACCCGGGACCUCCUGCGUCUGUGAGGCGAGUCCUUACGCAGGCAAAAAUACACAGCUCACCUCUGGAAAAUCCGCCAGUUGAGAGUGCAUUUGUCCCCAGGCCCACAAGCAUGAGGGAGGGAAGUGGCGUGCCCCGGUGGGAUGCAUCCCUGCUAGAAAAUGAGUUUUUCCAAGUUUUGGAUGAUUUGGAUACCACACUGGCUCAGGAACAGUGUCCAAGCUCCGUGACUACCACAACGUCUCUCAACUAUGGAUCAAGAACACAGUUCAGUCAUUUCUACUCUAGAAGGAACACACACGGUAAUAUCACUGGAUGGCACAAAAACCACUAUAACGAAACUUCUAAUAUGUCUAUCUAUGACAUCCUGAGGCCAGGAGCCCCUAGGGAAGGUUUUAAAACCUUUUCUCCAAGAACAAAAACAAUUUAUGAUAUGUACAGAACGAGGGAGCCCAGGCUCCUAAAAGAAGAUUCUGUGCGGAAGAAUACUUUUGGUAGUACUUCUCUGUGUUUCGACAGCAGGCAACGAUCAGCUUCACCAGCUACAAGAUAUUUCACAGCAAGAAGCUUACAUUUUCCAACCAUCACUCAGAACAAGAGUGGGUUUCUACCACCCAGGCACCAGCAGAGCCCAAAGAGGACUCCUUUGUCCUCCAUCAUAUGGAAUAGAGCGGAUUCUUCUGGAGAUAGGCAGAGCCAGGAAGAGUUUCCGAGGGCCCCCUCGCCCAUGGAAAUCGACACUGCCGACCCGUAUGCGUAUCCCAGGUGUUUUCAGGAGAAGAUGAGAUACGGAUUCUACCGUUCACAGAGUGUUUACCAAGGUGUUCAUUUUAAUGCCCCCAUGGAUAAUGCAAUGAGUCCUGACCCAUUUGAGAACUCAGAGAAUAUGCCAUUCUACCCUCAGGAAAACCCAUUUGCUCGAUCUUUCUCUAGCAACACCUUUGGACGAAACGGGGAACAAAGAUUUAGACAGAGUUCUUUUUGGGACCCACAGGAGGAACAUUCUUCCUGGUCUGAGUUUCAUCAAAGCAGGCAUCUCUUCCCUUCUUCCCACAGAGACUUUGAAAUGAUUCCCAUGGAAGCAAAUAGUGUGUUGGCUGCUUGUGGCCAUGGUGUUCCUUCUCAACACUGGGGAUCGUUUUCUUCUAGUUACAGAACAGAUAUUUUCGGAGGACAAGAAGAGCCACACCCCUGGCAGUUUGGUUCUCCAACACCCACGCUGGAGAGCAUGGAGAUGUCACGAGGUAAUGGGAGACAGUCGACUCAUUUCAACACACCAAAUGUUUGUGCUAUGACUGGUCCAGGCUAUCACAUCCCAUCUGGUAAAUCAGUGUGUCAAGAUGGCAGUCUUCCUACGGAUGUACACAUAAACAAAGAAUCUUAUUCAUCUGGCAUCACUCAGACUCUAGCAUCUACGUUCAAAAGUUCAUUCCCCCAGAUUCCUGAUGACAGAGGGAAUCCUCAGAGUCCUAUCUUUCAGAAGCCCGCCGUCACCACACAGAAAAUUAGGCCUGCCUCUCUUCCAGGAAAAACCUAUACAGAAGUCACCGUGACCAAAAGGAAUUCAGUUGAUUCUCCACCUCUUACUGAAAACCCACCCAAUAUCUUGGCCACAGAAGUGAGCCAUGAGAAAGAUUUGAAUGACUCUAUUUUGGGAGAAUAUAAACAACUGAACAAGAUGGACCAGACAAACAUGACAAGUGAAAGGCCCCAACCUGAUGCACAGACUGUAAUCUCUAACCCUUCCCCCGAUUUUCGAGAUCCCCUCUUUCAGGACUCAGCCCAGAGCAGAAGAUUUGCUUGGAAUGCAUCUACCACAGUAAGUUCCAAACAGAGAGAUAUAUCCAAAAUUCAUCUAUCACACAGAGGGAAAUCCAACGAACUAAAAAAAGAUAGUAAUUAUCAUCCCGGGAAUAGAAAAGUUGGCUCAGCAACUACCCCUCCUUUCAUUCAGGAAAGCAGAAUAUCAUUUCCCGGCCCAGAUCCAGGAUGUCACCAGGAAGUAAGAGUAAGUGGUGAAGAUAGUGCAGGCAUUAUUAGAAAUCACCCCUGGAGCUCUGAACCUGCUGAUAAUCAAAAUGCGCAGUUUCCAGAAGAGCCUGCUGUUUUAGAUGCCGAGAAAGAACAACGCAGCACAACUCAUUCUAUGAACCGUAGCCAGUCAGCGGCUGGCCACAAGAUCCCAGGUGACUCUUUAGAUCUGUCCUUAGCUAUCCUACCUGAUAUGUCACCAUCGAAUGAUUCUUUCCUCCAGGCUCUGGUGAUUCCUUCUACAACGGCGUUCUCCAGGAGAAGUCCUUCAGGCAAAGAUCCAUCUCUGGGAGAAGGAGAACAAAAAGACAAUGAUAGUGAACCCCAAAAUGAUCAGUUUGCCCCAAGCUCCUCAGAAGACCAAAGGAGUCAUGAUAAUUUCGUGCUCGUACGUGAUGAGGUAGUUGACGCUGUCAAAUGUCAUUCCUGCUCUCCUUGCAGGGAGGGAAAAGGAAAAGGAAAAAUAAGACGAUGCAUAUCCUGUUUUGAAAAGUUAAGCAACACGGAAAGCAGAUCGGCAUCAAGUGAUAAAAGUAACCACAGGGAAAUGAAUCAAGGCAGUUCCAAGCGUCCUGAGGGUCACACAACUUACUGUAUCUCGCCAAGAAAAUCAGCCAGUUUCCUCAUCAAUAACAGGAAGCUGGAAAGUAAGAUAAAGCGUUCUUCCUUUAGGAAUGACCCACUUCCAUUCCAAGUCAAGAAUAAGGUGGAAGGCCCGGUAGGGAAGUACACAUCAAACAAAUUCAGUUCCAGCUCUUCGGAGUCAGAAAGCAAAUGUUCCAAAGCCGUGUCAGACUCGGUCUCAGGAGCGUCUGAAGCCACAAAGAGGAUGACACAUAUGAAAACCAUUAGAUCAGCUUCUGUUAGAAAAGGACCACUUCCAUUCCUCAUCAAGAGGGCUGUGUCUUGUCCUUCGGGGGCACAAGAUGCCUCUAAUGGGAGAGAUGAAAGAGAAAAAUCCUUGGCCUCAAACACAGGUGCUUGUGCUCUAACACUAAAACCUUGGGAGACCAUCACUAGCCCUCCAGAAAGAAACUUGCCUGUUAGCGAUUGUUCUUUACCCAAAAGACACCCUCAAAAGAAAGACUUUCAAGAACAUACUGAAAAGGAUGGUAAAAUUGCUUCCUACAAGACAGGUCUCUUUUCAAAUGAAGACCCUUUACCUUUUUCUUCAGACAUGUCAAGAAAAGAAAGUGGGAAAGCAUUACACAAAUUUAAGACCACUAGUAUGUUUUCUGUUUCUGGUGAUGAAGAUAAUGUAAAAUGUCUCGAGGUGGUUUCUAUAUAUUACACUCUGCCAAGGAAAUACAGCAAGAAAUUCUGCAACUUUCUUGAAAAGUAUACACAGCAAAUUGAUUCCCAUCCAGAAUCAAUGAAAGUGGAGACUGAAGCAUUUCCUAAUGCUUUUGAAAAGGACAAACUAAAUGAUUCUCCACAAGAGCAAUCAGGAACACCUUCAUCUGAAGGUCAAAAGAGGCUGGUCAGCUCUGCCCAGGAGAAGAGCCAUUUUCUCUCUCACACCACUGAAGAUAUUACUGCUGUACCACACCUUGGACCCUCAGAGCUCACAUUACAGGAAAUGGCUUCUACGGAGACAGAUGUUUCUCUUCAUAAAGGACCAUCGAAAACUAGAGAGAUUUCCCCAGAUAACUUCACUAAGACACCUGCUGGUGAUUCAAAGAGCAGAAAGGAGGGAGCGAAGAAAUGGCCAAGUGAAACCCUGCGCCCUUCAUCAAUGCUUCAGGGAAAAAAAGUUACAGAAGAGAACUCGGAAGACUGUCAGCAGCCCAUUAAGUUGGUUAACUGUGGCCCUUCUCAUCUUCCAGCCCGCUCAGAAGAGACUGUUGAAAAUUCCCCAACCGGAAGAAGUUCUGAGGAGUGUACAGGUAAGGCUGUGGUGAUUACAGCUCCUGGAACUGCGGAACGCCCUCAGAAAGAUACCACAGGCGAAGCCACAGCUGGAUGCGCCUGUGGAUCGCAGCCCAGACAAGUAAGAGGGGAAACUGGAACACAUGUCCAAAAUGAGACUAAUAAAGGACUUUCUGACUCGGAAAGCCAGGUCUUUGCUCUUACUCCAAUUUUGCAAAAUCUACACCUUGACGAAGGGACCUGUCCAGGUGAAGCAGAUGUAGACAGUUUGCAGUCUGAACCCAGAGACCAACCUCAAAGGAGUCAGGAGGUAAGUAUGACAGAGAAUGGCAAAGCUGAAGACGAAAUACGGAAGUUGGCAUGGGAUCAAUCUUCGCUUCCUGAAGGAAGCAAUAAAAAUAAAACCAGCUUGGAUGACCCAGAAAAAGGGAAGAAUAGAUCUUUAGUUAAACACAGAUGGGCAGCCAUGUCCAAAGCCAGCAGAAAAUUCUCAGCUAAAGAUUUAAGCCCCAGAAGACAUGUAGCUACUAUCUUCCCCCAAAGUGGGAACAGCUGUGGUUUGGACAGCCGGUCUCUUGGCACACCAGAGUGCGACGCUUUGUCCCCCGAGCCUGCUCCAAAGCCCGUAGAAUCCAGAGAUGAACUCAGGUUGAGUAGCGAUGUGAUAGGUGUUGAGAAAUCCGAGAACUCUCUCAAGGUGACUGUAAUAUCCCACAGAGAAGCUUCUACACAUUUAAGCAAUCAGAAGUCUAACGGCAUGUCACAACUAUGUCAGAGUGAGUCUAAAAAUGUCUCAGACUCAUCAUCCAAGUAUGAGAAGUCUAAAGACAUAGCAGCAGCUCAGACCUUGGAAAGAGAGUCAGCGGCCUUGACCCAACUGACGUUCCCCAGCCUCGGGGAAGCAGACUUCUCUGACCAUCAGAAAGGACUGAACCCUCCUUUUCCAUUGGAGCCUGAAGAGAAAUCCAGAGGGAGCAUCCCGUUGUCCACUUAUGGGCAGCAACAAAGUGCUUCAUCUCUGGAGGGGGAACCUGAACCACUCCGCCGUCACUCAAACAGUUUAAAAAGCAUCAGUGUGCACGGUAAUCUGGUACGCAAAAGUCAUCCUCCAAAAGUCAGGGAGCGCCAUUUGUCUGAGAGCACGUCUCUUGUCAAUGCCCUGAGUCAGCUGACCCUAGGGAAUGAUUUCUCUAGCAACGGUGGGUACAGUCGAAGAUUCAGAUCCUUUUCUGAGCUUUCCUCCUGUGAUGCAAAUGAAAAUCCAGCUUUGUGCAGUGGCAGGACAAAAAUGGGUCCCCGGUCUGCCGCGUCUAUAUCCAGACCCAUUGACUAUGGAAUUUUUGGGAAAGAACAGCAGUUGGCCUUCUUGGAGAACGUAAAGAGGUCACUCACACAAGGAAGAUUAUGGAAGCCAAGCUUUCUCAAGAACCCUGGCUUCCUGAAAGAUGACGUGAUUAGUGCUCCUAAUCCAACAGAGCCAUCUGGCUCAAAUUCUCCUCUGGGCCAAAUGCCAGAAGAUGCCUUAUCUCCAAGCGCACCACUUAAUAUCUAUGAAGAGAAUCCACUGGACUCAGAUUGUGACACAGACACAACCACAGAUGAUGAAUAUUAUCUGGAUGAAAAUGACAAAGAGUCAGAACUGUGAGCCUUCUUCAAUAAAAUGCCUAACCUUUCCACCAAAAGCUUGUAUGGAAAUGAAGUGUAAAUGUGUAUGCCCUUGAGAAGGACAGUAUAAAAAAGAUCUGGUCUGAGCAGCACCUGCUCUGAAACAACCUGAAUUCUCUAACCUCUCUUCUCUACACUAUAUAUAUCUAUAGAUAUCUAUAGAUAUAUAUAUGCUUUCUAAAUUCUAGAGGAAAUGAAUUUUUAUUUGGGGGCCUUCUCUGCUGUUUUCUCCCUCUGUAUAUGUUCUUGGCCUUUCUUCCUACUGUCCAGUUUUGGCUUUCUGCUUUACUUUCUCCCUAAUUUUUUUAUACCUUUCAUUUGAUACACAGCCCUAAUACCUGAGGCACAUACAAAACUAGUAACUUCAGUAAGUUAGUAGUUAGAAAACUCUAUAUUUCCCCUUCCAUUCCAUACCCUAUAUCUAAGACAUUAAAUAAAUGUCUUGAUGAUGGCCAUGGAGUCAAUGGUAUCAUCCUGUUUGACCUGGCAUUUAGGAGGUUUAGGGUUGUUGGCUUUUUUUAUUCCUUUUACACAAAAAUAAGGGCAUUUUCACAAAGGCAUCCUAUUAGAUCCAUAGUGAAGCCCGGAAGACAGAUGUUUGAUGUAUUUAUUGAGGUUAUAAGUGAGGAGCUGAAUCCCUAUUAAGCCCAAAAUAUUAGUACUCCAAGGAAUACCUUUGAAGACAUUUGUAGGGACCGGCUGAUUUGUUAAGGGCUGAAUUUUAAUCUGUCAAGGACUCAGGCCGGCAGCACGAUGGUGCAGAGGCGGCUUGGCCACAGCAUUCCUGCUCAGGAAGGGAGCAUGCCUGUGGAUGCAGGUAAGUGGACAUCCUCCAUGGGACUGCCAUCCUCCCUGUAGCUCUUCCCCCCCAGCUGGUUUUCCCCAGUUCUCUAGGACUCCCCAUUUCUGAUUUUCUUUAUUUGCAGGAUAGGACGCUUGAUUUCAUGUGCACGUUUUAGUCACAAAUAUCAAGCAAAUAUCAAGCCCCUACAAUGCUGCUGGGUCAGGUCAGAAACACGGGGAUUCACUGGCUUCUUUGCAGGACCAUUUACCAGACCCCCUGGAAAUUAAAGGCAGAACAAACCCCUGAGAAACUAUAAGGCAGAGCCUCUAAGUGCUUGUUACUAUGACUCCUUCAAUAAUGUAUCUAGACUACAUUAGAUACAUUCUAUCUAAUAUAUACAUUCUAUCUUUCUUCAUACUCCCUGAUACCUUGGUUUUCUAACUCUUUAACUGCCAAGGAGAUCGUCUGGAACUUCCCCUCCUAAUAGGAUAAACACCAACAGAUGUUGGAACUCAAACUCCAGAAAGCCUGCCCUCCAGGAUUUUAGUGCUGUGAGGGCCCACAUGAGUGGAUUUCCUUCGGAUUGCUUCAUAGUUGCUUCCUGACCCAAUUCUGUUCUCCAUUUUUCUCACCUAGUCUGUAUCAUCCAUAUAAAUUAAGGAUAAUGAUAGUGUUGGUGAAGCAUAUAGAGAUCUGGAACUGAUAGAAAUGCAAGAAAGAGCUAUAUUAUUAUUAUCCUCCUACCCAUUGCCUUGCCUGGAAGCAAAAUACCAGGGCUGCUUUACAUCAUUCCCAUGAAACCCAAAACUAAUAAACAUCUGGUAACUGACAUGAAAGCUAUUCCUCAAAUCUGUAAAUUGUUUUAAAGUCCAGGCUUUGACCAAUAUCAAGCUCAAAGAGACUGAUAAUAGAGUUUUAAAUCAACUGUGCUGAAUAUUUCCCCUUAAAUCGUAAAGAAGAAAUAACAUUUUAUUCCUUUCUUAUUUAUGUUUGUAAAUUCUGCCUUUCCCCUUCCCCUUCUAUUUAUCUGACUAUUUAAGUACAAGUUUUAUAAACCAUGACUUAUGUUUUCCCUUCUAAUUUUAAGACAUUCAGAGUUCACAUUUUAAUGUUAAGUGUUGCGAUUUUUGAAAAAUGGUCCACUUGCAAGUUCUAUUUCAGUAAAUACUCUGAGUUUACACGUAUGUUACAGGAGGUGAAAUGAAGUUAGCUUAUAUUUCACUGAGUUUAGGCUGUAACAAGUUAGUUAAAUUAAGGUGAGGAUAAGCAGUUACUCUGAGGCCCUUCUGCUCUGCACUGGAGUCUCAUAUUUGAACUCAAAGGUAAUUGAUUGCUGAUGCUCAUUUGCACUGUUUGUAAUGUUUGCUUGUUGCUCUGGCUCAAGAAUCAAAGAAACAGAAAAUUCAUAAAAAGAGCACCUCCUAGGGCUACCUGAGUAUCUCAGUGAGUUGAGCAUCCAACUCUCGAAUUUAGCUCAGGUCAUGAUCUCAGGGUUGUGAGAUGGAGCCCCACGUCAAGCUCUGCACUGAGCAGGGAGAUUCUCUCUCUCCCUGAGCCCCUCCCCCUGCUCGCUCACUCUCUCAAAUGUAUAAGUAAAUCUUUAAAAAAAAAAAAAAACCAGCACCUUCUAUAGUUUUAUACUUUUAUAAAAUGCUUCGUUAAAGAAGUACAGCAAAUUUCUAUGUAUUUUUAACAUACGAAUUGCUGCUUUUUAAUACUCAUUUUUGGUACUGCUAUAGUAAUUUAUAAUAGUCAUUUUUAUACCCCUCACUUGUGUUCUAAUCAUUAUUAAAAUAAAUAUUCACAUAAAUGGAGUAAAUCAUGAGGGAAUCCUUUCUAAUAAGUAUCUUUAAAUUAUUAACUUGUUUAGAUAAAGGACUUCAAUUUCACAGUGUACAGUUUAUUUAAAAUAGGGUGUGGGUGCCUGGGUGGCUCAGUCGGUUAGGUGACUGACUUGAUCUCAGCUCAGGUCAUGAUCUCAGGGUCGAGAGUUCUAAACCCCGCAUUGGGCUCCACACUGGGCGUGGAGCCUACAUAAAAAAGCAGGGGUGGCUUAAUGAGAUUAUUUUAAUUUUUAGAGACCUCCUUCUGAAUAAUUUACCCCCUUACAUUUAUAAAUACAUGGCUGUUAAUGAAACUUCCAACUGCUACUGACAAGGUUUCAACUGACAAAAAGUGAAUAAAAACCAUUUUGUGUAGGAGGUAAAUGUAUGCCUGUACUAGAAAUAGUGGUAGAAAACCCACUUAGCUUAUGGUGAAGAUGGGAAUAAAAUUGAAAAACUCCCACCUGCAUAAAAGCACUAUACUCUGUGGAAUGCCAGAGGAUUAAGGAGGCCUUACUGGUAAGAUUUUAUUGUUAACAGUAGUGAUAACGCUUUAGAAUAUCCCGUUUAAAUGUACAAAGUGAGUUUGUAAAUAUUUUACUUUCCCAGCAAGUUUGUGAAUGUAUUACCACUUAGAGGCUCUUUCUGACUGGCACACCUGUGUUUCUGAAACAGGUAAGCCUUAAGCACUUUUGUUAAAAUGUGGUCAAAUAAUCCUUUUAUGUACUUUUCUCAAUCCUGUUCUGUAGAUAUGAGGAGUGUUACAAGAUAAGGUGCAAAUUUAAAACAAUGCCUAUGUUGAAAUAAAUGAUUUAAAUAGA